UACAUUUAUAAUGUAUGAUGUAGGUUUACACAGUUUGCCUUCUUUUAACACUUGUAACUAAUUCUAUCCAAAUACAUAAAUUUAUAGAGUAUUUCCCACCAUGGCUCUUCUGCGUUCCAAUGAUACAAAGAAUAUUCCGUCGUAUAUGAUGUACGUGAACGGCGGCCUGGCCGGGAUGAUGGCGACGUGCAUCGUGCAUCCGAUGGACUUGGUCAAGGUCAGGAUGCAGCUCGCUGUGGGGGAGUACAAGAGCUCGGUCGAUUGCCUGACGCGGGUGGUGACGGCCGAAGGAUUCGCCGCCCUGUACAGCGGUCUGACGGCGAGUCUGAUGCGACAGGCGACAUACACUACGGCUCGAAUGGGGUUCUACCAGAUGGAAGUGGAGAAGUACAAGAAGACGUACGCAGAAGCGCCAGCCGUCUGGGCCAGCAUGGGCAUGGGAAUCCUGGCCGGGGUUGUUGGGGCCGUAAUCGGAAAUCCGGCGGACCUGGCGCUCAUCCGCAUGAUGGCUGACAACAGUCUGCCGCCGGCGGAGAGGCGCAACUACAAGAACGUGGUCGAUGCCUUCGUGCGGAUCGUCGGGGAAGAGGGCGUACUGACUCUCUGGCGCGGAUGCACGCCCACCGUAGGCCGAGCCAUGGUCGUCAACAUGGUUCAACUGGCGUCAUAUUCCCAACUAAAGGCAGCCUUUGCUCCGAAUGUGCCAGAGGGUAUCCCGCUUCACUUCUGCGCCGCCAUGUGCUCCGGCCUACUGACCACAAUUGCAUCCAUGCCCCUGGACAUGGCCAAUACCCGUAUACAGCAGCAGAAGACCCUUGAAUACAGUGGUACCAUCGACGUCCUGGUAAAGGUGUACACACAGGGGGGUCUCCUGUCCUUGUGGAAAGGAUUUACUCCAUAUCUGCUUCGCCUUGGUCCGCGCACAGUCUUCUCCUUCAUCUUCCUGGAACAGCUGACAAGGGCCUACAAAAAGUAUGUACUGGGCGACGACUCCGAGUCCUCCAUCUGAUCUUACUUUGGGACAAAAAUUUUAGCUUGGAAUCAAAUUGACAAAAAUAAAAAAAUACAAUGUGUUGGGAGUGCGAACUUCAAAAAUAGUAC